AUGCAAGAUGCUAACAUGGCGAGUUCCACAAUUGCUUGCACAAGGAAAAGCGACGAAAAAAUUUCAAGGAGUUCAACUGUUUGCCCCGCAGUAGAUCAAGCUCCGCGUAGCAUGCCGAGAGUUGUCUGCCAUGAGGGCUCACAAGCGCGAAAUAAUCAGAACAUUAAGGCAGGCGAGAAACCAUCAAGAAAUAUGUUUUCACAUAAGUUUUGCCACAAACACCAAUGGACAUGCUCAUCAAAGAGUAUUUAA